AUGGCGCUCCAUGUUGACCCAUUGAAACGCGAACUUUUGGAAGCCAGAAUUCAGGGCACACGGAGUCCUAACGUUGUGACGCAAACGGGAAAGUCACCGGAUGCCAAUUCCAACCAGCUCUCAACAGAUGAUCGAUUUAAAUAUGGUACUUCUUACGACUCCGUACAAAAUACCGGUGAUGUUGCCUCUAUGGACAUACCGAUUCCCAACGUGAUAUCAGCUCACUGCACCACAUCGUUGACAAAACCUCAUGAUGGACAUCCCAAUCCAGCCACUGUAGCUAAUGUUGUUAAUUCUACUCUUCCAAAUCCAUUCCAGACGACAGCCAAUCCGGAAUAUAUGAAUUUUCCUUUAAUUAGUCAAAGCGAUGACCAAUGCACGAUAAGGCCUGAAAACCCUGGUUCUAACCCCUGUAGGGCUCUUGACUCUCUCCCUUCCUCCAGUCAGCAGGUCGAAGUGACUGUACAACCUCCCAGUAAUCAUGCUGAAGAAAACAGCCGCAGUGUCAGCAGUCUUAGCGGAGACGGUAACUCCAAUAAAGGUGUCGUUGGCCUUCAAAGUCAUCCGCAGAACGUUGCUGCUUAUGUUCCCCCACUCCAUGGCACUAGUCGUCAAACCAACAUUGUUCCUUAUUCCACCAGUAGUGCACUUUCUAAUCAAUCUCUCUCUUUUGAUAUUGGAUGUCAAUCCAUCCCCAUGCUACCUCCAAAUGACUCCCCCGCGGUUGUUACCACAUCUCCCAAAAAGGCUAGAAACCUCUCCGGCGCCCCCGUAGCAUCAUCAUCAUUGCAGUUUGUGAGUCCUCAACGGUGUAGCAUAUUGAGUUCGCCGAAUGCGCCUCAGACCGUUCAACCCCCCACACCUCGUGGCAGCAUACGUCGGAAGCGAAAAGGCGUCCUCUUCGAUGAGCCGGGGGUUCCACAACCUAAGCGUUCCACCAACAGAGGUAGUAAACGGAUCGAUGAGAUCUUUAAGACUCCCCAAACUGGUUUGCUUGCGCAGAGCAUUGAAGAACCCCAAAAUGAACAUAAUGCUAAAUCCGAUACGGUUGUAUCCGCACCUCGACAAAUACUAUCCCCUGGCCGCGGUGGAAGCAACAGUUGUGUUACGAGUCCGAGCGAUAGCUCGAGCGAAGCCAUUCCGCAAAAUGGUCCCGCUCCUGGCGUCAGUGUGAUCUGCUGCAGCGCCUCUGUGCAGACCGAUCCAGACACUGGCACCUCAUCUGCUCCCGCUGUGUUAACUUCCACAGCCCCGCUUCAUCAGGGCGCUACUAUCUCGGGGUCAUCCAUCAAUCUCGUUGAGAGUUUGCAACGGCGGAUUUCGGAGCUCGAGUUGGAGAACAGCGCUCAAAAACAGACUAUCGCACUUGCUAAUGAGCAUAGUCUCAAAUCACGACAAAUCAUCCAAGAUCUCCUCAUUGAAAAGAGUCUCCUGGAGCGAAAGACCACUCGACAAAAGGUAAUGGAUGACCGAUUACGACUUGGUCAAUUCCUCACUCAGCGACAGGGUGUUCACUUCGAAGAGAAGUGGGUUGAGGGGUAUCGAUUUAAGGAACUCGAUGCUCGUCGGAAAAGUAUUGAAGGCAUUCGAGAGGAAAUUGAAAGGAAACGGAAGCAAUGGAACAAACGGAAACCAGGAUCUGAGAACAAAAAAAAUAGCAAAGCCCGUUGGGAGGAGGUUUCAGUAGAUGCGUUUUACGAACAAAUAGAGAUAUAUGAUCUCCGAAAGCAGAUGUUAGCAAAGGAAGACAAGGAGAUCCAAAGUGAGCUUGAGCGUCUUGACAGGGAGCGGAACUUGCAUAUUCGUGAAAUCAAACGAAUAGCCAACGAGGAUGCAUCACGGUUUAAGGACCAUCCCCUAUUAAAUGAACGCUACUUGCUGUUGAACCUGCUUGGCAAGGGCGGGUUUUCAGAAGUUCACAAGGGUUUUGACCUGCAAGAGAACCGCUAUGUUGCUUGCAAAAUACAUCAACUUAAUCCGGCUUGGCCUAAAGACAAGAAGGAUAACUACAUAAAGCAUGCCCUCCGUGAAAUUGAAAUACACAAGACUCUCAACCACCAGCGGAUAGUCAAGGUGUUCGAUGUCUUUGAUAUUGACCACGACGCGUUCUGCACUAUUCAGGAGUACUGUGAAGGUAACGACUUGGAUUUCUUCCUGAAACAAAACAAAGUGAUACCGGAGCGUGAGGCGAAGUCGAUAAUUUGUCAGGUCAUUUCCGCUCUCAAGUAUUUGAAUCAACGAAAACCCCCCGUCAUCCAUUAUGACUUGAAACCAGGCAAUAUUCUACUUGGUUCGGGCGAACUGUCUGGCGAGAUAAAGAUAACCGAUUUUGGUCUGAGCAAGCUGAUGACAGAGGAUUUGUACAACCCUGAUACCGGUAUGGACCUAACCUCACAAGGCGCUGGUACCUAUUGGUAUCUUCCUCCCGAGUGCUUUGAAACUGGCCACGAACCUCCCAAAAUUUCCUCCAAGGUGGACAUCUGGUCUGUGGGCAUCAUCUUCUUCCAGUGCCUCUUCGGAAAAAAGCCUUUCGGCCACAAUAUGUCGCAAGCGGACAUUCUGCACCAGAACACCAUCCUUCAUGCUCGCUCAAUUGCGUUUCCCUCCACACCAAAAGUCAGUGAUGGAGCAAAGGAGUUCAUCCGAAAAUGCUGUACCUACCAAAAAGAACUCAGGCCGAAUGUGUUCCAGCUGUACAAUGAUGAUUACCUCAAGCCCAAAGCACAACUUAAACACAGUGUGGAUGUUGGAUCCCUCCCCGGUCCGACAGGUAUUCCUCCGUCAACCAACAAUUUAGUUGCCCAGGCAUUGUCUGGGGGUCAACAGCAAGCGUCCGGUGCUAACCAGUCCCAAGCUGGGGCUAGCGGAACCAGUGCUGGCUACAUCCCAAACGCCGCUUUGGGGAUUUUCGGGUCUGCCUCGGCAGUGCCUGAGCCCAGUUGGUGCGCAGUCAGCCUCGUGGUGAAGCAAGACAAGAGUGCUGAUAUUUGUGUGAGGGCCUUCACUCAUGCACUGGUUGGUGCGCGUGCAAAGGUCGAAGCCGUCGUUGGGUUGGAGUCUGACCUACGACAGAACCGCAGGGUAGCUCACUUUGGCCGAAAUCUCAUGUGGACUGGAGCAUGUCUCGAGGCUUCUGCGUUUGCUCGCAGCGUGCGCUUCACCAGCACUGUUGCACCACAUAAGUACUUGGGCGUGCACCCAUCCAAGGUCUACGUGGUCACAAGCGUCUCUACACCAGACGACCUCGCUUAUGACGUCACCGUCCAACUUGAUCAUAUGGCUUGGUGCGUUGAGAUUUCCCAAUACGUCUGGGCGUUACUCAGCAUUGCCUCCACCGCUUUUGGAAACGUGCAAACAGUCGAGGGUUGCUUAAUGGCUCCCAGAUCGCUGUCAAGAGUAGCUGAAUUGUGA